UUUGGUUAUAUUUUUCUAUAUAGUUAAUUUGUAGAUUUUUUAAAUUUACAAAGAGAAAUUAAAAAAUAACAAAUUUUAUAAAAGUUAAAUUUUAAUUUUUUUUUAUCAUUGUUUAAUAAAAGUAUAAAAGUUUGAUUAUCACUACAACAAAUUUAUAAUAUAGAUAAAAGAAAAUGCAUUUAAAUAGGCUGUGUAAUAUAUUUAUAGCAAUAUUAAUAAAUUAUACAAAAUCAAAUGAAAUAUAUAAUACAUUUGAAAUAGAUAAAAAUUUAACAAAUGCAAAUAUAUUUAGUGAAUUAAAUGAAACACAGCAAUCUACCAAAAUUAAUUUAGAAAAAGAAUUAGAAAAAUUAAAUAAUCAUCCUGAUAGUAUAUCAAAUCAACCACAUUCGAGAAAAAAACGUUUAAUAUGGAUUACAGAUGAUGGAAGAUUAGCAUUACCACCAGGCACAUCAUUAUCAUUAUCACCAUCAAUUUCAUUGCCAUUUGUACGACAUCCGCCCGAGGGUUUUUUAUCAAAUUUAUCAAUAAAUUUUCCAGUUACAAUUGACUUUGAUAAAUUGGGUUUGACUGAUAAUCAAAAUCCAUUAGGAGAUUUACCACCAAUAUUAGCAAGAUCUUUUGGAAAAGCAGCAGGAAGCAUGUUAAGUAGUUACGUAGCUGACUUUGUCAAUUUUAGAAGAUCAAAAAGAGAUUUAAGUAAUUAUGAAGCAAAUGGUAUGAAAUCAGAAUUCGAUAGUAAAAAUCAAAAUAGAAAAGAACCAUCUUUACCAAAUAAUUAUAAACAUGCUUUUCAUGGAGGAGAAAGGGUUUUAAUUUACGGUGCAAUAGAAGAUUUAUUAGAAAAUUUUGGUGUUAAUGGGAAAGCAUGUUUAUUACGAACAAUAUGUGAAGUUCAUUCAAAAUCAUUAAAUAAUUUUGGUUUAAUAGGUGAAAUUACAAAAUUAUUUUUAACGGCUUCACUAUCUCCAUUUUCUGAUCAUAUCGGAGAAUAUGUUGAAGCUGAAGAAAUUGGAAAAGGAAAUAUCAAACCUGGAGAAUGUUUCCCAUAUUAUAAAAAUUGUCCGAAAAGUAUAUUUAAAACAUACAAAAAUAAUUACGGCAAAAUGAAUAAUUUAGAUGAUGACAAGGAAACAAAGGAAAAAUUAAUAAAAUCUACGAAAAAACCAACUUUAAAUAAAAGUACAAGCUACAAAAAAGGCGAUAAUUCAAAAUCAUUUAAUAAUAAAAAUAUGGUUUUAAUGAAAAAAUAAUUGAAAAAGAUAUUAAUAGGUUAUUUUAAUUAAAAGAAAAUAAUAUUUAUUAUUUAAAUCGAAAUUCUUAAGUAAUUCAAUAACUUUUACUAAAAUAUAUCGGUAAAGCUCUCUUUGACAAUUAAUGUAAAAAGAAAAAAAAGCAAAAUUAUGUAGGUAUGAAGUUUUUAGAGUUUCCCACUUAAAUUUUUUGUUAGCUAUCACAAAAAGUAAUAUUAAGUCGUUCCAUAAUGUUGUAAUACGGGGUUUACACAUCAUCAGGGUAAUAUAGUUAUGGACGUCUAAUGUAUAAGUGCAUUUCAGCAAUACAAUUUAAAUUCUAUUAAAGUUGAAUUAACUUAAAUUGUUUUGCUGGAUAAAUCUUGUUGACCUUACAUUUGCGUUUAAAUGUUUGUUCAAUGAAUACGGAAAUUGUUUAAAAUAUAUAAUGAUCCACUAAUAAAUGAAUUAAAAAAAAUUUGGAACUUAAAUCUUUUCUUUUAUUUUUGUUAUUGA